UCUGGAUAAAUCUUGUAACAGAUAGCUUAACUGUAACAUAAGAUACCAAUUCAGGUUAUCUUGGAGCAGCAUAAUAGGAAGGAACAGAAACUGAAUCGGUGAUGGUAUUGAGAAGAGAAGAGGGAAAGUAGACAGUAUUUGAAAUCCAGUAGGUGCAUGUGAUAUGGGGACGUUUUUUCAUCCUGAGGAUGCUGGUAGUGCGUUAUGAGGAACAGAUUCUGUUGACGAAGGACUUCAUUUUCUCUUUCCACGAAGCAAAGCUAGGACAGCUGACCGUGCAGUUCGUGCAGUUCGCAGCGUCUGACAUCUCUGCAGAAGGCUCGAAGCUGGUGACGAUGCCUCAGCUGAAGGCACGAUAACCUGUGGUGGGCAGUUUCAGAGUCCACCAUGAAGAGAUUCCUGGUGCUUUGUGACUGUCUCUGGGCCUGGAGCCUCCUUCUGAAUACACUGACUGAAAGAAGUUACGGACAAACCUCAUCACAAGAUGAACUUAAAGACAACACCACAGUGUUCACCAGAAUCCUGGAUCGGCUGCUGGAUGGGUAUGACAACCGCCUGAGACCAGGACUGGGAGAGCGUGUAACCGAAGUGAAGACUGACAUCUUCGUCACCAGUUUUGGGCCUGUUUCAGACCAUGAUAUGGAAUACACUAUAGAUGUAUUUUUCCGCCAAAGUUGGAAAGAUGAGAGGUUAAAAUUCAAAGGACCUAUGACUGUUCUUCGGUUAAAUAAUUUAAUGGCCAGCAAAAUUUGGACACCUGAUACCUUUUUCCACAAUGGAAAGAAGUCAGUGGCUCAUAACAUGACGAUGCCAAAUAAACUAUUACGAAUUACAGAGGAUGGGACAUUGCUAUACACGAUGAGAUUGACUGUGAGAGCAGAAUGUCCAAUGCAUUUAGAAGACUUUCCUAUGGAUGCACAUGCUUGCCCCUUGAAAUUCGGAAGCUAUGCUUAUACCAGAGCAGAGGUUGUAUAUGAAUGGACACGGGAACCAGCAAGGUCAGUGGUGGUGGCUGAAGACGGCUCUCGAUUGAACCAGUAUGAUCUUCUUGGACAAACUGUGGACUCUGGAAUUGUGCAGUCCAGUACAGGAGAAUAUGUUGUUAUGACUACACAUUUUCAUUUGAAGAGGAAGAUUGGCUAUUUUGUCAUCCAGACUUACCUGCCAUGCAUCAUGACAGUGAUUCUGUCACAGGUGUCCUUCUGGCUUAACAGAGAAUCUGUUCCAGCUAGAACAGUAUUUGGAGUGACAACUGUCCUGACAAUGACCACACUGAGCAUCAGUGCCAGGAACUCGCUGCCCAAGGUGGCCUAUGCCACUGCCAUGGACUGGUUCAUCGCCGUGUGCUACGCCUUUGUGUUCUCUGCACUCAUCGAGUUUGCAACCGUGAACUACUUCACAAAGAGGGGCUACGCCUGGGACGGCAAGAGCGUCGUUCCUGAAAAGCCAAAGAAAGUGAAGGAUCCUCUCAUUAAGAAAAACAACACAUACACAGCUGCAGCUACGAGCUACACCCCUAAUAUUGCAAGGGACCCUGGGCUGGCAACCAUUGCUAAAAGUGCAACCAUUGAGCCCAAGGAAGUUAAGCCAGAAACAAAACCUGCAGAACCCAAGAAAACUUUUAACAGCGUCAGUAAAAUUGACCGACUAUCAAGAAUAGCCUUCCCAUUGCUUUUUGGAAUCUUUAACUUAGUCUACUGGGCUACCUAUUUAAACCGGGAGCCCCAACUAAAAGUUCAAACUCCACAUCAAUAACCUCUUUUAUUCCUAUAGUUCUGUUUUGUCUUUUGCUCGGGGAAUUGCUUCCCUUUUCCACAUACAUUAAUUCCCAUUUGCUUCAUUGCCUCUGUCUUAAAGAAAAUAAAGGUUUCUCUAUUUAGCAAAAGGUAAAAUAUAUCUGUAUAUUUAAAAAACCAGUGUGUGAGGGAAAGAUCAAUAUAAGCUAUAUACUUUGGAAAAGUAAUUCUGAAAAUGGAAAAGAGUGGGUUAUAGUGUAAUGAGGGGAGGGAGGAUGGAAAGAAAACAUUUGUAGCCAGCUUAGUACUGAAUGUCCCCAACAGGUAUUGUAUUUGUAUGGGAAAAAGAUAUUUUUAUUCAGAGGACUGUAGGGAGGGGGGAAAUACACUUUAUGACAUUCCUGAUGCACAUACUAGACUGUACCAUUUAUUCAACCACUGUUUAUAAUCUUUUCAAGGUUGUAAAACUUUCCAUUUACUGAAUUCCGUAAGAUAUGUUAUUUUCCUAAUCCCUUUCCUCUUCUAUGUUGCAAACUACCUGACUUAUAAUAUUAAAUGAUCUUUAAUGACAAAGGAAAUCUACUCACUCUACAUACAGUUUGUCCCCUGUAUAGCACAUAAGAUCUAAUGGUAACAAACGCUUUAAUCUGCUCUCGUAGUGCAGUCUUGUUUUAAGCAUUAAGUUGUCACUAGACUAGAUUUAAAACCAGUUGCACAACUGAGUGCAGAUCCAAGUUCUCUCUAUCACCUGUGUAAUCCAAACAAUUCCUGGAUGCUUUAAAGAUAGCUUUUACUCAUCAUGAUAUUUUAGAGAGUUUAAAAAAAACAACCAAACAACCAAACAACAAAACAACAAUUUUUGCAAGCUCUAGAUACGUUGAAUGUAUUCUUUUUUAAAAUGAUACAUUAAAAGAAGCUUUAGACUGAGAUUUAUGAAUAGCAGAAAGAUAAAAUAUAGUAUUUAAAUAAUAUCUGUAAAUAUGCAGCAUGAGAUUGUACAUUUUUUACUUUUUUAAAGUUGUGUUCUUAAAACAUUGUGUAGGAUUUACCUCUUAGCUCUUAAUAUGUUGUUAAAUGCUCAAUAAAACAUAUUUAGAGCCUGAAUUAGAGGAAAAAAAUAAAUCAGUGGUACUGGAAAGCCUCAAAAAAUUAAUAAGCAGAAAGUGCUUGGAAUUUAUUCCAUUUGUAAAGUGGUUAAGUGUACAGUAGCUUGCAAUUUGACAAUGUCAUCCAACGUAUACUAUUAGAUUAAUGACUGGUCUGCUCAGGUCAUGCAUAAACACUCAAGUACGGGAUUAUAUUUGGUAGGUAAAAAUGGUGAAAUAUUUGUGAAGACAGAAGUUCAUCUGUAUAUUACUGCUAUAUUUGCUGAAACAUAACUGUUACAAUAAGCAAUGUAAUAUAUGUAGCAUUAAAUACAAAGAAAUCAUACAUAAAAGAAUGUACAGGAAAAUAGAUUUUAUGGAGUAAACUUACUACAUUUCAUUUUUACUGUAGCAAUAUAUUUGUAGGAACAAUAUGUAAGGGCUUCAAAUACAAGAUGUCCAUUUUGCAGGUAUUGUGCUCCCUUUAAAACAAUUCUAGUCAGAAUCAUUACUGCUGAUUCUUAGAAAUCAAAUUUCAGAUAAAGAUUUUUCAAAAAGAUGGGAAGAAUGAUGGAUAUUUGCAAGCAGCAUCAAUUAAGAAAAUGUAAUACAUGGUAUUAGAUGGAUUUUGAAACAGUGCUACAUGAGCCUCCAGAGAAACAGCUACUGAGAGUCAAGUUUCACAGUUAGUUUUCUAAACUCUUUCUCAAUAAAUCAAAAAGUUGACAUUCUCUAUCUACAAAAGGAAACAGUUAAUGUUUUAUUUAGAGAAGUUUUUUUGUUGUUUUUUUUUUUUUUUUAAAUAAUGCUUCAUUGUCUAACAUUUAGUCCUGUCUGAACUUGAUAAGUUAUAUGAUUGGAGCUUAUUAAAAGGGGAUGUUUCAUCUCUGGUAUCAUGUGUAGAUAAAUGUAUAGAAAAAAAUAAACUAUGGCUCUUUAACUUC